AUGCACCUACUCGUGCCGUUCGCGCUCGGCGUCGCGUCGGCGACCGCCCUCCCGACCUUGCUCGUCCACCGACAACUUCCCUCCCUCUCCCUCGUCUACGACGCCUCGACUUUCUCGCCGACCGGCCAAGGCGUCACCUACCGCUCGACGCUCAACUACUCGUGCGACGCCCUGUCGUUCAGCUACGCCGGGUCCCGCCCGCCGCUCAGCCUCACCGCACACCGCGCCAACGACUCGUCCCUCCUCACCGUCAUCGGCUCGUUCUACGCGACGAGCGGCAACGUCUCGUGGGCGCCGACGCUUCCCGAGGGCGAGCGCUACUUUGUGCGCCUCGAAGAUUCUGAGGGCAAGACGAGCGACACCAACUCGAGCCUCAUCGCCGUUCCUCAAAGGGAGCUUUCCGGAUGCACGGCCUACUACUCUGGCUCACGCAGCAGCAGCGGCAUGACGAGCGUCACGGCGGGCCUCAUCAUCGUCUUCGCCAUCCUCGCCGUCCCCCUCGUCCUCGCCCUCUUCUGGGUCCUCGCCCGCCUGUACCGCCUCAUGCGCCGGUUCUGCUGCCCGGCCGCUCACGCGCGCAGCCUCGCCCGCCUCGCCGCCAAGGGCGUCGCGCGCACGACGAGCUACGCUCGCAGCGACUCGAUGCGCAGCACCGACACGCGCAGCAGCAGCUUCGACGAGAAGAUGGCGCAGCCGAUGCCGCCGCAGAGCCAGCCCGCUCGCGCGCCGCCCGAGCCGCCGCUGCAGCCGCUGCCGCAGCCGCUCGCCGAGGCCCGUGCGCGCUACGGCAGCGACGGCGGCGAGCGGCGCCUCUCGCGCGUGAGCGAGGAGCCGUCUCGUCGGCAGAGCCUCGCGCCGGCCGAGAUCCAUCGGCUCGAGCUGCACGUCGACGAGCUGCAGCGCGCGCUCAGGGCGGCAGCGGCGCUCGCCGAGAGGGAGGGCGAGGCAGAGGCAGAGGCCGAGGACGAGGCGCAGCGCUCGGCGGGGCAGCAGAUGGGCGAGUCCCUGCCGAGGUAUCACACGGAGGAGGACAUCGUCGACUGGGACUCGAAGUCGGAGAAGUGA